AUGGAUACGCGUUAUGGCGUCCGGCCAUCCCUGAUUGUAGGCUCCUCCCUCUCCACGGCAGCCGGCCAGCCUCAGUGCACAGGCCACAAUCUGGCCCCAUCACACUCACACGGUGGAUGCGGUCUUUCAUUCCUUGACAGCGACACACAGACCCUGAAGUACGUUGUGCACGAUAUCGGCGCAAGCUACCCUAACGCCCCAGACCAUCCCUCGCUCGGCAAAGAAGCGCUUUAA